AUGGUGAAGUGCGACCCUCGGCACGGCAAGUACAUGGCCUGCUGCAUGCUCUAUCGGGGCGACGUCGUCCCGAAAGACGUGAAUGCAGCAAUCGCGACGAUAAAAACCAAGCGAACCAUUCAAUUUGUCGACUGGUGCCCCACCGGCUUCAAGGUGGGCAUCAACUAUCAACCGCCCACAGUUGUACCAGGCGGCGACCUGGCCAAGGUACAGCGGGCCGUCUGUAUGCUAAGCAACACGACCGCUAUCGCCGAGGCAUGGGCUCGCCUCGAUCACAAGUUCGACCUGAUGUACGCAAAGCGGGCCUUCGUGCACUGGUACGUCGGUGAAGGAAUGGAGGAGGGUGAGUUCUCCGAGGCCCGAGAAGAUCUGGCCGCCCUGGAGAAGGACUACGAGGAGGUGGGUGUGGACAGUGUGGAGGAGGGUGGAGAGGGUGACGAGGCCGAGGAGUACUGA